AUGGCUUUAUCGGAAACAAUACCAAUUACCACUACCACGAACAUUUUGAACUCACAGAAACAGUCACUGGAAAUGACUAAUCAUCGUGAAUCCUUGCAACAGAAAGAUCCUUCCUUCUCUGGUGAAACUGUCCUUGGAGAAACAGAAAAAACAAAUUGCCCACGUUGCACUAAUCGAGGUGUGAGCUAUUAUAUGGCUACUAAUCACUCGCCAAAGGGAAAGUGCUUUCGAGCUUUCAUUGUCCUCCUGGCUACUGCAUGUGCUGCUUAUGUCUGUCUAUUGUCUUCGCGUCGCUAUUUCCACACUUGGGUACAAACCGUUAUUGAACGUACCGAUGUUCAUGUUUCUGAAAUACCAUUCCCGGCGGUUACCAUUUGUCCAGUGAAAGGUUUAAAUUUGUUACGCUUGGAGCAGGAGGCGACAACGUUUCUGGGUGCAACCACAACACAAGAGCAGCAACGACAGCAACAACAACAACAACAUGAGCGUAUAACGGACAAGGAAUUACAGGACUUACACAUGUUAUUGAACACCCUGAAUGAGUUGAUGUGGCCGAGCAUGAACCAUGUAGAUGGAGCCACUUCGGAUGCGGAAAAAAUAAUGCAGCAUCAAAGUAACCAAACGAUGAACGUGAUAGAGGAGUUUUUGGAAAGUUUAACGCCCAGCAGUGCCAGCAGUAGGAAAGUACCCAAUGUGGUGGCAAAUUUAAAAAAUAUAAUCGAUUUAGGUGAGCUGAUGUCGUUUUUGUCCUUUGAGUGUGAGGAUAUUUUUGCUGAAUGUGUUUGGAGAAGAGUAAAAAUGCCGUGUUGUGAUUUGUUUCGUAAGGUGCACACGUACAAAGGAAUCUGUUAUUCAUUUAAUUCCAUACUGGUGGAGAAUCCAAUUCCCUCAUGGCCAUGGGUGAUGGCCGAGUCUGGUUUGCAUUCAGGUUUGAGAGUUCAUAUCAAACGUGGCUCUAUUGGACGAUAUUAUGAAAAAGUAGCUGUAAUGGUUCAUGAUCCCACCGAAUUUGGAUCCACAGAUGUUACCUACAUGGAUAGUGAGCGAGUUGUUAUUACCGUGAAUCCCUUGCGAUUUACAGCUGAUUAUGAUAUCCAUACCUUGAAACCGGAGCUAAGGCAUUGUUAUUUUACUAAUGAAUUAAAGCUGCUGGGUAAAGGUCGUGGAAAUUGCAUACGCAAUUGUCGCUUAAAAUAUAUUGAGCGUUAUUGUAAUUGUACAUACUUCUUUCCGGUUGCGAUAAAAAGAGAUGAAUCGUUACCGAUUUGUAAGGCACCAAAUUUAAAGUGUAUUUAUUCGCAUCGAGACAUUAUUUGGUCAACGGCAAAUGUGAUACAAGAAAGCCCCGAUGGCAUACAUUUUCAAACACACGAUUGCCAAUGCUAUCCAAACUGUAAUUAUAUACAAUAUCGUACAGCCAUUAAUACCGAUCAUAGUACAAAUAUGGAUCGUGCUUCGGAGCUCAUUGAUUUGACUGUACAAUAUCAACACGACACGUUAUUUUCAUAUCGUUCCUCAUUGUGUUUUACUUUGCUGGAUUUGAUAGUAUCCUAUGGAGGUAUUGCAGGUUUGUUUUUGGGUUUCUCUCUGAUUGGUGUAAUUGAAGUGCUGCAUGAUUUUAUCAUUUUACGAAAAUGUCGAAAAAAGGAUGCAGAAUCAGAAACAUCGUCGGCAUCGACCUCAGCAGUUGGCGAGGGCACAACAACUACUACUACCACCACUACAUUAAAUGCCGGUAAAUGUAAAUGUCAAACAAUAAGAUCUUACGAUUAA